AUGAAGCCUGGACAGCAGUGGACGGUCGGGAAAGAGAUGGAGCCUCCGCGCACGGCCGACACGACAAGCCUCACAGGGGACGUCUGGGUACUAUUGCUGCAGCUGCACCGAGAGAUCCUUUACAGGUUUGAUAGUCAAGACGAGAUUCUCAGCCGGGUGCUGACUCGGCCGUCUGUGACAGAAUCGGAGGAUCGGUUCGUCGACAGUAAGAGCCAGGCAAGCGAGAAGCAGACCGAGGACACCUCAACGGAUUCGAGUCCGCUCGAGCCCAAACCUCCAAGCAGGAAGGGCCGGCCGUCCUUCACGCCGAAGGUCUUCAGGACUUUCGAUCAAUUCGAGCACUCUCUGCGAGCCGAAGCCGCGAGGGCGGACUCCUUCCGAAGGAGACGAAAGUUUGCCAGUGUGAAAGGGCCCGGCUCCGUGCAGCAGAGGGUUGAAUGCUGCGAAUGGAUCAGAGCAGCGGUCCGACAUCCAGCGUUUGACUUGUUCUUUGCCCUCGUCGUCGUAUCGAACUCUAUCUUCAUCGGUGUUGAAGUGGAACAAGGUCUGAAUUCGCUAGGGCCCCGAAGUAUGACUAUCUAUGUUUUCCAAUACGCAUAUUCGGGCCUUUUCACUGUGGAGCUGGUCUUGCGUUUGGCCGCUGAUGGAUGCCAGUUCCUCUGUGGCCCAGACUGGCUGUGGAGCUGGCUGGAUGUCUUCAUCGUGCUGAGUUCACUCUGGGAGAUUAUCAUUGAGGUCAUGUAUGUCUGGUAUGGUGAUGACAGUGCCCAGGAAGCUGCUGAGCAUGUUUCAGGCAUAAUCAACCUCAAGGCCUUCCGAGUUAUUCGAAUUACGCGCAUCGUCAAGGCAGUCAAACUGAUGCGGAUCUUCCGCUUUGUUAUUGCACUCCGUACGUUGAUCACGUCAAUCAUCCACACCCUGCAGUCACUAUUCUGGGCUCUUGCGCUUUUGGUUCUGAUUGUAUACGUUUUCGCGGUACUGUUCGUCGGCGCCGUGAACGACUUCAAACUGGAUCCAGACAGUCUGAAACUUCCAACGAGAGAGAUGGAAGCAAGUGAUUUGUAUUUCUCAUCCCUUCCGGACACGAUGCUCAGCUUGUUCAUGUGCAUUGCUGGUGGAGUGAACUGGGGUGAGGUCCAGUCCCCUUUGAAGGCCAUUUCCACUCUGUGGGUCGUCUUCUUCCUUUUCUACAUCGCGUUUACGUAUUUUGCCGUCCUCAACGUGGUCACAGGAGUCUUCUGUCAGUCGGCCAUCGACAGUGCGCAGAACGACCACGCAACGGUAGUGCAGUCCAUUUUGGCCAACAAGAAGGCCCACGUGGAGAGGAUACAGGCGCUGUUCAGCCAGUUUGAUGACCGGGAGACUGGUGUCAUUACCUUUGCGAUGCUGGAAGAGAAGAUUGAUUCACCAGAUGUGCGGGAAUACUUCGAGACCCUUGGCUUGGAUGUCUGGGAUGCCUGGACUUUCUUCAAGUUGCUGGACCUGGAUUCAGGUGGCGCUGUAGAGACAGAAGAAUUCUUGAUGGGAUGCCUCCGGCUUCGCGGCCAAGCCCGUGCCAUUGAUGUCGAGAAGCUAAUCUACGACCAGACCUGGCUCAUCAAGAGCCAGAGUCACUUCCAGACUUACAUGGAGGUGGAGCUAAAGCAAUUGAAGGAGCAUCUGGUGCUGCUGACCGGCAUCAACUUCCAGCGCUCAAGUGCUUUUCAAAGGUGCUUGCUGAAACUUCCGGGCUACAUCAUGAUGGACCAGAGCAAGCAAGUGGAGGUGGACAAUGUGGACACUAACAGCGAGUAG